CCGCCGCCCGCCCAGUCCGGCCAGGGGGGGACCUGAGUGCUGGAGGGAGCGGAGCUCCCCGCAGGCAGCUGCUGCGAUCCUGGCCAGGCAGCGGGCCAAGCCCGAGAGGCCACAGCCAGCCCGGCCUUCUGGGCACGGGGUGGGUGCCGCCCCCCGGGGGGGGAGGAGGGAGGAGGAGGAGGAGGAGGAGGAACACCCUCUCUGGUGGCUGGCAGGUGAGGAGGAAGUAGGAGAGGAGGAGGAGGGGCAGAGCGGCUCCCUCCCUCCCUGGCCCUCCUCCCCGGGGGCGGCGGCUGCUGCUGCUGCUUUCACUUUCCUCCGCGGGGCCCCUGCCUGCCUGCCUGCCUGCCCUCUUCCUCUUCCUCUUCCUCGUCCGCCCUCCUCCUCCUCCUCCUCCCCCCCAGGACCAUGGCCGGGCCCUCCGCGGCCCCCUCCCCGCCCCUGCUGCGGCUCUCGCUGCCCGCCCUGGGCCUCCUCCUCCAGCUGCUGACCAUCCUCCUCUUCGCCACCUUCGUCUGCUACGGCCGCCACACCAGCGCCAAGCUCUGGCACCAGGAGGAGCUGCGGCUCCCCAACGGCAGCAGCAGCCCCCCCCUGCAGAACCACUUCGACCUGCGCUACCCCAGCUUCCAAGACGUCCACACCAUGAUCUUUGUGGGCUUUGGCUUCCUGAUGACCUUCCUGAAAAGGUACGGCUUUGGCAGUGUGGCCUUCAACUUCCUCAUUGCCGCCUUCGCCAUCCAGUGGUCUGUCCUCAUCCAAGGCUUCCUCCAUUCCUUCCACAAUGGCAAAAUCCACGUGGGGAUCGAAAGCAUGAUCAGUGCCGACUUCUGUGCGGGGGCUGUCCUCAUCUCCUUCGGGGCGGUGCUUGGCAAAACGAGCCCCGUCCAGCUGCUGCUCAUGGCCGGGUUCGAGGUCACCCUCUUCGGCAUUAACGAAUACAUCCUGCUGAACCUUCUUGGGGCCAAGGAUGCAGGCGGCUCCAUGACCAUCCACACCUUCGGGGCCUACUUUGGGCUGAUGGUCUCCCGGAUGCUGUACCGCCCCCACCUGGACCGCAGCCAGCAGCGGGAAGGGUCCACCUACCAUUCCGAUCUCUUUGCCAUGAUCGGCACGCUGUUCCUGUGGCUCUUCUGGCCGAGCUUCAACUCCGCCAUCACGGCGCACGGAGACGACCAGCAACGGGCAGCCCUGAACACCUACUUCUCCCUGGCUGCCAGCACCCUGGCCACUUUCGCCACCUCCGCCCUGCUGAACGAAGGAGGCAAACUGGACAUGGUUCACAUCCAGAACGCGGCCCUGGCCGGGGGCGUCAUUGUCGGGACUUCCGCGGAGAUGAUGCUCACCCCCUUUGGGGCCUUGAUCGCCGGCGUCUUGGCUGGCCUGGUGUCGACACUCGGCUUCCAGUUCCUCACCCCCCUUCUGGCCUCCAGGCUGAAGAUCCAGGACACCUGCGGGGUGCACAACCUUCACGGGAUGCCCGGGGUCCUGGGGGCCCUGCUUGGCGCGCUGGUAGCAGUCCUGGCGACCCCAGAGAUCUACGGCGAAGGGAUGGCCGACGUCUUCCCUUUGGUGGCUGCCGGGAGGCGGACGGUGGCCUUCCAAGGCCUCUUCCAGCUGAUGGGCCUGCUGGUCUCUCUGGGGAUGGCCGUGGUUGGCGGCUGCCUUGUGGGCGCCAUCCUGAAGAUGAGAAGUCUCGGGGCUCCCCUCGACCGGCAGUGCUUUGAAGAUCAGAUCUACUGGGAGGUGCCUGAGGAUCAUCACGAGGGGCUUCAGUGCCUGGAGGCCGUGAGUACCCAGGAGCCAGACAGAGAUGCAACAAGUGCCUGACAGGAUUCGGCCCGAGCACCUCCCCCAGCUGCUGGGCUGAAGCAGCCUCAGUGCCCACAGACCCCUUGUGUUUGGGGGGGGGUCCCAUGAGGCUCCGUUUAGCUGGGUCUGUCUGAGCACAGGGGGUCUGUCACAUGAGGAGAUCUCCCCACACGAUCCCUUGUCUGGUCAAGAAGAGGCCACGAGGACUGGCUGUGGAGGCGGCAGCGGCGGCAGCGACCCCCACGCACACUCAGUUGCCAAGGCGAGGCAUUCUGAGCCUCCAGCAGCCUCUGCACUGGACUGGCUGUGAUGACUCUGCAGAGGGCCUUUUGCACAUGCUCAGGGGCACUCCCUUCUGCAACAUGACUUCACAUGUUCUCAAGCUGGGCCACAGAGCAUGGGAGCCAUUUCUCUGCUGGAGAGCAGACCCUGGGGACAGCAGAACUACUGCAGGGCACCCCUGGGGAGGUGAUGGGCAGGGAGAACCCACAGGGCCCACAGGCACAGCACCUGGGGAGGCACACCUCUUGGCCGCACCUGCCUUCCCUUGAUGGGCUCCUUUGGUUUGUCUCUCCCAGACUGCCAGGACCUCCUCCCCAAAGGCAGCUGGCUCUGGGUCAGGUCCCUAGCAGCCAUCUUUCCCCCCUAGCUGGCGGGACAGAUUCCCAAUGAUUUCCUUGGCUAGAAACACCCUCUUUCUAGAACUCUUGAGGGGAAACAAGCACCUCAGGGCAAUGAUUGAAACAGAAGGAGAGGUUGAAAUAGAUGUAUUUCUGCUGCUGAUCUGUAUUUUUAUGUCAAUAUCAUUCCUAACCUGG